CGCGGCUCGGCUCGGUAACCCUGCGGUGGAGCUGCAGUGUGGAGCGGCUGCUGGUGGAGAAGUUUAGCGGAGUUUAGUGAGUUAAUCUGAGGACUAUGUGUAGUUAAAGUACCGCCACAGGCCCCUCGAAAUGCCCAAGAGCCCCAGUAAUGGAUCCUCUGGCGCUUGACGAGGCGAAGACUUCCGAGGACAGCGGAGAACCAGAGACCGGCUCUCAGUGGGAGCACGAGCCGCUUUCACAGAUCCCAGUAAAGGUGUUGAGGGGACAUGCUGACUCUGUCUCCAGCUGCCAGUUUUGCUUCAGUGACACUCGACUUCUCACCGGCUCCCGUGACCAGACUGCAAUAUUCUGGGAUGUGGAGACAGGGACUCAGCUUAUGGUGCUGAAAGGAGGACAUUCUGCAGCCAUCACUAGUUGCUGUUUGGUCCCAAAAACAAACAGAGUAAUAACAUCCUCCUGGGAUAAGAAGGUGAAUGCCUGGGACCUGGAGACCGGCAAAAUACUGUGGACAAAAACACAGGGAGGUAUAUUGAUGUCAUGCAGCGUGUCGGGGGAUGGGAAGUAUGUGGCUUCAGCCUCAGACAUGGAGAGUGCUCUCUACCUCAACUGUGCAGACACAGGACAGAGACUGCAUUACUUGAAAGGCCAUCAUAAGUCCACAAUAACGAGCUGUCAGUUCGAUGCCCAGAGUCAGCACUUGGCAAGCGUAUCAGCGGACAGAUCCAUUAAAUUAUGGGACCUCUGCUCACACAAAACCACUCUGUCCAUUAACAGUGCCCACACCAAUGUAAUUUCCAGCUGUUGUUUCACCUCUAAUGGCCAGUACCUCUGCACAGCAUCAUGGGACCGGACCCUGCAACUGUGGGAUAUAAGGGCGGGUUCGUUUCGCACCAAGGGAGGAGUGCAGCUCAAAAAGGGCCACGAUGGUUGCGUCAGCUCCUGUGCUUUCUCCAGUGAUGCUUCAGUUCUGGUAUCUGGGGCUUAUGAUAGGACUGUAACACUGUGGGACAUGAGGGGACUCAGGAAAACUCUAAUACUGAAGGGCCAUUCGGACUGGGUGACAGAUGUCAACAUCAGCACAGAUAAGAACUGGGUCAUCUCUUCCUCAAAGGACUGUACAGUGCGUCUAUGGAAUAUUGAGCAGUAUGAAAACAUACCUGCAGUCAUUGAGACUAGGAGGACACAGGGAAUGGGCUUUCAAAUUGUGAAGUGUGAAGAAUGUGGGAGGUGUUUCUCAGUGUCUCGGUUGGAGAACAGCAGCAGCGUGAUCAGUAAAUGUGUUUUCUGUAGACUGAAAUCUCCACUCAGAGACCUGCCCGCUCCUCCGCCUCUCUGAACACGGAAACAGAGCGUUAACUCGCUUAGCUAAACCAUUUAUCCAGCAGAAACCCUGACUGCCUGUUAACUUCUGUAGUUUUAGCGCUCACGUGCUCUUAUAUCCGGUAUCGAGGUACACAGAAUCCGCGUUAACUAACAGUGAACAGGUAAAUAAACAGUAUUGUGGUGAGACGCGCGCGGUGCAGCUACACGUAUUUGAGCUGUAAUAUGAGGGCGCUGCUCAGCGGCGCCGUGGCUUAGUUGGUUAAAGCGCCUGUCUAGUAAACAGGAGAUCCUGGGUUCGAAUCCCAGCGGUGCCUUUUGUGAACUGGAACCAGACACAAAUUAAACGUAAUAAUAAGAUUAUCAACUGAUUAUUAUUUAGAUAAUAAAAACUAUUAUUUAUAUACGUUCUUAUUUUAUUUUUUUGCAUUUUCUUGAUUUGUAAGCAAUAAAAGAGACUUAAAUAGA